GUUGCCGAGUCAUCAUGCUCAUGGUUUGCAAUGUUUAAAUCUACCGAAAGAUUUGAAUUUUCCAGCAUGGAUGAUUAUCCUGGGGAGGGGAAACGUCCCGGACCUAGGACAAACGGUUCUGUCUGUCAGGUGUCCGUAACGACUGGUUUCAUUCUAACCCUCCUCUCCCUGGCUAUAGCGGUCGGGAUCGGAAUAAUUGUGAACUUUGCCGGUAACAACAAGAGUGUGACAUGUUCCUGUCUGUGUGGACCGGACGAUCAAACCACCACCCAUCCACCGGGUUACAUACCACAUGUUUGUAAGGCAUUGGCACUCGAGGGCAAUCAGGAACUAUGUGGUCUUUGUCCGAAUACGACAACAAUGUCAACACCAAUGUCAACUACAGCUAGCGUUACCGACGUAACAGAUACAACUGACCCUACCCAGCCAACAGAACCUCCGACUAUAACUGACGUACGUCUUCCUACUGACGUUAAACCAUACCAUUAUGACGUCACCUUGAGGCCAGAGCUCUAUAACGGCAUUCCAGAAACAUUCACUUUCAGCGGAACCGUCAUAAUAUUUCUGGACUGCUACAACGCAACAAGGAACAUCACCGUACACAUUGGUACUCAGACUUUAACUAAGACCCUCCACAGUUCGUCGGCUGACCAACCCGGGUGGUGGGGUUCCAAAUGUAAUUAGUACAGCGAGAGAUUAUGCACGUGAGUUUCUUAUCAUUAUGCUCGACACGGAACUGACGGCUGGAGAACAAUACUCACUGACUUUAUAUUUUACUGACAACUUGACUGAUAGCCUUAUUGGAAUGUACCUCAGUUCCUACCAAAGCGAAACAGCAAAUGACACUAUAUACCUGGCUGUGACACAGUUCCAGCACACCUUCGCGAGGAAUGCCUUUCCAUGUUUCGACGAGCCGGCGUUAAAAGCGACAUUCAGCAUUACCCUACAAAGACAACCCCAAAUAUCUACAUUGUCGAACAUGCCUCUCCUCAGAACGGACACCCUAGGGGACGGAUACCUCGCCGAUGUAUACAAUAUAUCUGUCAUCAUGCCCACGUAUUUGGUGGCCUUCACAUUUUGCGACUUUCUGAACGUCACCAAUACAACGUCCAACAACGUUGAGUUCGGAGUGUUCUCACGACCAGAAUACAUCAAUCAAACUACAUUUGCUUUAGAGAAAGGAAUUGAAAUGCUCGAUGCUUUUGAGGGGUACUUCAACAUAUCAUUCUCUCUUCCGAAGCUGGACAACAUAGCCCUGCCCGAUUUCUACUAUGGGGCCAUGGAGAAUUGGGGUUUGGUGACAUAUCGAGAAUUCUACUUACUGUACGAGGAGGGCAUGUCCACCACAAGGAAUCUGGAGUUGAUCGCCGAAAUCAUCGCUCACGAACUUGCCCAUAUGUGGUUUGGGAAUAUAGUAUCCCCGGUCUGGUGGGACGAUAUUUGGUUAAAUGAAGGAUUUGCAACAUUUCUAUCCUAUCUUGGGAUGGAUAUGGUCCUCCCUGAGUGGAAAAUGAUGGAUCUGAUUACGACCUACGAGGUUCAGAGGGUGAUGGAGGCAGACAGCCUUGAGUCUACGGUACCAAUAUAUCGCAUGGCCUACACACCCAGACAGAUAGAGGACUUAUUUGACAUCAUUACGUACUCAAAGGGCGCCUCUGUGAUCAGGAUGAUGUGGUUUUUCUUGGGAGAAGAAACGUUCCGCCGUGGCUUAGAGGGUUACUUAAAGGAGCAGAUGUAUGGGAAUGUCGCACACGAUGAUUUAUGGCGGGCAUUGCAAAAGCAGGCAGAGGCGGACGGUAGGGACGGUUUUGAUAUCAAGACGGUGAUGGACACGUGGAUCGAACAAAAGAAUUUCCCUGUAGUAAACGUAACGAGGCUUUCUGACAACCAGUUAAUGCUCACACAACAACGUUUUCUCCUCGGAGUGAACAACACAACAAAUUCAGAAGGGUACAGUUGGGAGAUACCGUUCACUUACACUACACACCAAGAGUUGGACUUUAACAAAACCACAAGUGAUAUCGUGUGGAUCAGGGCCGGCGUCUCCGAAACGCAUAUACCUGAUGGCACCAUCACACCCGAGCAGGGCUGGGUUAUUGGCAACAUACGACAGUAUGGGUACUAUCGGGUAAACUAUGACGAAAAGAACUGGAGGGCGUUGGUCCAACAACUCAAAGAUGACCACCACAAAAUCCACGUGGUCAAUAGAGGCGCGUUAAUCAGUGAUGCGUGGGCUCUAGCUAAGGCAGGUUUGAACUCUAUGGGGAUUGCCUGGGAUACGCUUGUCUAUCUCCGUAAUGAAACUGAAUACAUACCCUGGAGUAUUGCAGUGCGUGAACUUGAGUAUAUCGAUCUAAUGUUGACUGGGAGGGCAGCCUAUGGGAAUUUCGAGCGUUUCGUAAUUCAACAAAUAGAAGGUCGGUCUCUCAACGUCUCGCUUAACGAUGACCGUCCGGUCCAACAAAGGUCACUCAGUGGCCUCAUAUUCAGUCUCGCGUGCAAGCACCACUUGGCCGAGUGUAUACAGCUUUCAGUGGACAUGUUCUAUGCGUGGAGAACUACGGGAGCACUAAUCCCUCCAGACAUCAAAGGAACAGUGAUGUGUACAGCAGUCAGAGAAGGAGGCGAGGUUGAGUGGGAAUACCUGUACAGUCGAUACCUCGACGGCCCUGUGUCAGAGUCAUCCAUGGCUUUAAAUGCCAUGGGCUGCUCUUCCCGACCAUGGAUCAUCAACAGGUAUUUGGAAUACGCGCUUCUGCCAGAUAGGAUCAGAAAACAAGAUGUCCGAGAUGCCAUUCUGUCGGUUAUACGUAACCCAGUAACGUUCUAUAUGGGCUGGAAGUUCCUGAUGAUGAACUGGAGACAAAUGGUUCUGGAUGAUGACGUUAACGGGAGUCACCUGAAUUCCAUUAUCAUACAAGUGUCACAAGGCAUGUAUACAGACUUCGAACUCAGUCAGAUCCUCCAUAUGAAGGACAACAUCCAUCCCCAAGAGGUGGAGAUGAUCGGAUUCGACAGGGCGAUCGAUAGGAUCAUGGUCAACAUGGAAUGGGAGAAACAGAAUUACCAAUUAGUCGAAGAUUGGUUGAAGACGAACACGGAGCACAGUGCCUGAAACAUGUUUAACUGUUUGAUGGUUAUACUUGAAUAUCGAACGUUUGGUGUUUGCAAAGUCUUGAUGCUGAAUAUAUUUACGACAUCAACGUAACAUCUUCAUUUAACGUAUCAACAGCGCGAAUAUCAUUAUAUUAUAAAAAUUGCAUCCCAAUACACUGAUAUUUAUUCCAAGUAGGAUGGGUUUUUUUCUAUAGAAUAUACCGUGUCUUUUUUUCUUGUACAGUCAUACUGUAAAACCAUAUGUACAUAAUCUACCAAUGCUAAUUAGGACAAUAUCAUAACUAUGUAAAAUAUGAUUUAUACUAUAUUUAUAAUACCACAACUAAAAAUAGAAUAAAUAUGUAUUGAUUAGAUAUAUCCCAAUCUUUAUCACGGUAAUACUGUGCUAGGUGUUUUGUUUUUAUUUCUAUCGGGAUAGUAAAGUUUGGCUUAACCUCUCACUAAUUAACGUCACUAAUUAACGUCGUUAUAAACUGCCCUGCCACCAGUCAGUAUCAUUAUUUUCGAGGUUUCUGUGGUGUUGCCUUCAAAUUAAUAUCUCUUUAGGCUGAUCACAACCGCACAGAAUAUUGCAAUUAACUUCAAAGAAAGACAGUGUAAUUUAUGUAUAAUUUACCCCCCUUGACUAUUUACUAGCCAAAUGGAUAUUAAUUCGUAUUAUAUUUUGAUUGUGUUUAUCGAAAUAUUCUUUUAUAUGUAAAUAUGUGUAUAUCUUCAUAAAAGAGAGAAACUGUAUACUGAUUAUUAACCUUAUAUUGCCUUCAAUUUUUGAAUUUCUAUAGAAAUAGAUAUGACAAUAAAAUAUUUAUUAUUAUGAAAUUGUAUCUGUAACUAUGUCGUGAGAUAGUAUUGACAAUAGCUUUUCAUCAAUACGUAUCUUUUCAUACAUUAAUUAUACUCUCCAGCCAAUUAUGCAGAAUUGUUUAUUAAACAAAAACUAA